GUACAGUAUGUUUCCGUUUUUUCUCCAGCGCGCUCGCGCCGCGGCUCGAAAGACUGCGAGCGUCACGUCGGAGGCAACACUGACGCACUUCAUCCACUCCAGCGAGCCCGAAGCCCGGCAGGAAUAAUGUCUGAGCCGUACCGCGAAUGGAUCCUGGGCUCCAUAGACUCGCUGAGGUCGAGGAAAGCGCGCCCGGACCUGGACAGGAUCUGCAGAAUGGUGAAAAGACGACACGGCUCGGACUGGGACCGAACCCGGUCAGAGCUGGAGAAACUGAUAGAGGAGCAAGCGGUGCUCAAAGUCAACUAUAAAGGCUCGGUUUCCUAUCGCAACGCGGCCAAGGUGCUGAGAGGCAGGAGGAGAACCGAGCAGAGCAAGUGUGCGGGCAAACAGCCUUCUCUCGCGGACUGGAGCGCCGGCGACAGCGCGCAGGGUCCCGUGGAUGAGGAUCACAUGGAGGACAUGGAAGACGAGAUGUCCACGACUGCAGGAAUGGACAGCAGUAUGGACGAGGAGGGGGACGAGAGCAGUCUGGAUGCCAUGUGCGCUCAGAGCACAGCUGACUCGGGCAUCAGCAUGAGCCCCAUCACCAGCAGUAACACCAGUCUGCCGGUGCCCUCACCCACGUCCUCCAAGAACUCUCCUACUCAUGAUGCUCUGCGGCAGGAGGCCGACAGCGCUUACACUCUGCCUGAGCACAUGCAGCCCGCAGGCCAGCAGGACACAGGCUGUGUGGUGUUGGUGCAGCAGCCGCAGGCCAUCUGUCUCCCGGUUCUGAAAGUGGAGGAUGGGCCGCGGGCGGAGGAGAGCACACUCACCCAUGAUGAGCCGAUGUCAGAGCGCACCAUCACGCCGGAUGAGGCGGUGAAGUCAGAUGGAGGCUCUCAUGCCAUCUCUGAUCACACUGAGGAGGGUGAAAUUUGCUAUAAAGAUCCGAAGAGCAUGACCGAGGAGGAAACCAUAAACAGUGGAGAGAUGAAUAAUGGAAAUGAUGUGGUGAAAGAAGAGAUCAGCCAGGACCCUCUUUUGUGGAGCGUGGCUGAUGUGGCCAGAUACUUCACGUCUGUGGGUUUCCCUGAGCAGGCGCUGGCUUUCAGGACACAGGAAAUAGAUGGCAAGUCUUUACUGCUGAUGCAGCGCAGCGAUGUUUUGACUGGUCUGUCGAUCAGACUCGGCCCCGCACUCAAAAUCUACGAGAACCAUGUGAAAGUACUGCAGAGAAGCCACUUUCAGGAGGACGGGCGUCUCUUCUCCUCCUAGUGCUCGCUCUCCGUGAAAACAGACUCAAUCCUCACAGCAGAGGAGUUUAACUCUUUCAGACUCUAUUUGCACAAUCCUCCUCAUCUGACUUGCUCUUCUUCCUGAUGAGGACGUGUUUCAGCCCUACAGUCUCGCUGUGUCCAUCUGUCCAUCCCUCACAGGGCUGAUGGGACCAUUCGUGUGUAUAGAAGUGUUAUUUUAUUUUUAUUUUUUUAGUGGUGGAGCUUUUCAUUCGCCAGUGUUUUUUCCUUCUGUUUUUUUCUUCUUCUGUCGUCGGAUAUAAUUUUCAAGUGUCGCAAUAUUAUAUAAACUUGUUCGUGUCCGAUUAAAUGUUCCGCAAUGUUUUACUGCAGUCUUAAAAUGGACGUGCAAUGUUAGGAAAUAAAUUCCAGUUUCAGAAACUGUAA